AUGAUACUUAGGUUGUGUCCUGAAUGUCAAUACACUCGGCCUUCAACUCAACCUUCCACAUUUCCCUGCCAUGAUUCAAGAAUUCCUCCACGACCAACUCCAUUCAAAGGACCCAACCCUGCUCCUUUCAAUCCUGCAACAGCCCCGAUAUUCUUGGGGAAAGUGACACUUUUUAACUCUGCUGCUGCGACAUUCUAUGCGCCUAGUGAUCUGAGCGGUACCGGAGGCAUGUGCCGUGAGCAUAUCUGGUCAACACCAUCAUGGCGGGGUGGCGCGGCUAGGCAUGAUUGCAUUUUCGUUAACUUGGAUGCUGACAUGGACUCUCCCAUGGGCGGGCUUGCGGUUGCGCAGGUCCUAUGCUUUUUCUCAUUCAAGUAUCGAACAUCAUAUUUUACUUGUGCUGUUGUCUGUUGGUACUCUCACGUACUCGAAAGAUGUGAUCUGGACACGGGCAUGCAUAUUGUCACACCUGCAACAACUGAUGAUGGUACUCCAGAUAUUUCAAUUAUCCAUAUCGAUUGCAUCUUUCGUGCUGCCCACCUCAUUCCAGUAUACAGGCCAAAUUUUAUUGCUCAUGGAACUAAUCCACAUGACUCGUACAAUGACUUCGACUCAUACUAUGUCAACAAAUACGCAGAUCAUCAUGCUUUUGAGAUAGCUUGA